CCGUUUAAAAUCUGAUGUUGAGUAUUGUCUGCGAUUAUGACACACACAAAACACACUGAAGUAGGGCCGGGUCAUUAUACUUUUACAGUUGAUAUCAUACUGGCUUUGUCUCCGAUCCUAUUGUCAAGUACGACGUGUAGUAGCUGUGAUCUCUGAUAAACGAAGCCGGUCAAGUAGGCUAAAUUGUAGCUGGCUCUAGGUCCGACCUGCUCGACUGCAUAUUUACUCUCUCCGCCAAGAGGUCAAGUUAUUCGGCUAAUCAUAGUUUGGUGUCGACUGUUGUUUUUAGAUUAAACUUUCUGUCAUGUCUGUCGUAACCUUGGAAAAUUUAAAACUUAAAAGGUUCAACCGGAGUCAGAGCAUGCCGCUUUACGAGAAAAGAGAACUCGCUGAGUUUCAAAAAGUUCGGGACAAUAUCAGGAAGAGAUCGUUAUCCUUGGCGACCACCCAGAGACAAGCUUCUAUCGAGGAAGAUAGUACAAGCCCAACUCAAACCAGAUCUAAUUCCCUGACCAGUGUGACCAGUAAUAUUAGCUCUACUGUGACGAGCUCCAGAACCACGACUCAGAGAACACCAACAGACUGGAGGAAAUUGGAGCUGAGACGAACUCGAAGUUUGAGUCACUCUACUAGUAGCAGGACCUCUUUCGAGAUUCCUCCAUUACGAAGCACGAGGAGUUGCCACAGUCCCAAACACUACCUCCGGGAACUCGACCAAGCAAGAGAUAUGCUAGAGGUUUGCAAGGAGAUCAGCACACUGACACAGGAAUUUGCCGCCGAUUACGAGGAGUCAUCACGGGAAGUCAUCGAACUGCCAGAAGUGUGUAUGAGACUAGAAAGGUACGCAAGCGACAUUCUUAUUCAUCUCGACGGAGGAAAAGGUAAAUAAAGGUCUGUUAUGUUGAUGAACUGAAGAACUCAAAUCUUGACUGCUCUAAACUCGCUCAAACGCCAGUCAACUAAUCACUCAACUUCUUGGGGUGGAAAGUCGUGCGCGGCUCAAAUACGUUCACUUUGAAAUCAAUGCCGGCAGUACAUUUCUCAUAAGAAAGUCCUCGCGCCUUACAA